AUGAUCCAUCCAUUACAUGGGAGUUCUAUUGAUAUUCAUCCGAAUGCUCGAUGGAAACAAUAUGGUAUCACUGUAGCUGGAGGAAAUCGACAAGGCAAUGGAAUCAAUCAACUCUCAGACCCAUUGGGUUUGUAUGUUGAUGAUGAUCAAACAAUCUAUGUUGCUGAUCAAUCAAAUCAUCGUAUUAUGGAAUGGAAACGGGGUGCAACGAGUGGCCAAGUGGUUGCCGGUGGAAAUGGACAAGGAAGUGGAGAUCAUCAAUUGUCUAACCCACAAGAUGUGAUUAUCGACAAAGAGAGAGAUAGUCUCAUUAUAUGCGACUAUUUGAAUAGAAGAGUGGUUCGAUGGCCUCGUCGAAAUGGGACAAGUGGAGAAACAAUUAUCUCCAACAUCGAGUGUGUGGGUUUGACAAUGGACGAGAAUGGAUCUCUCUAUGUCACUGAUGUUGGAAAACAUGAAGUGAGACGAUAUCGAAAAGGAGAAUCUCAAGGAACAGUGCUUGCACGUGGCAAUGAAAUUGGAAAUGGUCUCGAGCAACUCUCUUUCCCAACAUACGUAUUCCUCGAUCGAGAUCAUUCAGUGUACGUAUCUGAUAGGGACAAUCAUCGUGUGAUGAAAUGGAUGGAAGGUGCAAAACAAGGCAUUGUCGUGGCUGGUGGUCAAGGUUAUGGAAAUGAUCUUACACAAUUGUUAUCUCCUCAGGGAGUCGUUGUCGAUCAAUUGGGCACUGUCUAUGUGGCUGAUUGGAGGAAUGAUCGAAUCAUGCGUUGGCCUAAAGAAGCCACACAAGGAAGUGUCAUUGUUGGUGGAAACGCUAGUGGAGGACAAUCAAACCAACUCAAUGGACCCAUCGGUUUGUCAUUCGAUCGACACGGUAAUCUCUAUGUUGUUGAUUGGGGAAAUCAUCGAGUCCGAAAAUUCGAACUACAAUCGAAACCAAAUUGA